UAAGAAGACAGAUUUGUGUUAAGUGAUUGAGGAAGAGGCCAAUCGGAGAGGAAAAAUCCCUCCUACUUCCUUGCUUUUCUUAUCCUGAAGGAGGUGACAAAAGGGCGGGCUAUUCCUACCCGUCGUCCAAUAAGAAGACAGAUUUCCGUUAAGUGAUUGGUUAAGGGGCCAAUCCGCGGAGGCGUGAGGGUGUGGUAGCUUUUUGCCGCCUGGCUUUGGCGUGCGUUGCGUGGCUGGAGCCUCGAGGAUCUCUUGAGGGAGGAAAAGCAGGCGUUGAAGCGUCGUCGUUGUCCCCAAAGGAGAAGACUGGACCGGAGCCGUCGCGCUUGACAGAGGACAAGGAGGGAAGGGGUGCUGGAGAGGCACCAAAAGACUUCGCAUAAAGGAUCUUCAUUGCCCAAGGCUUUGUUAGCUGAGUGCCAUGCAUCCCGCAAGAGCACCGUUCCGAGGGAGUGCGUCUUCCCACGUUCCCUGUGAUGGAGGCCACACAGCUGAGAAACCGGCAUACGCCAGAGGAAGGUCCUUCCUUUCAGCUGGGAGGAUGCAAGCAGAAUGGGAGAUGGCACAGCCAGCACCAGGACGCGGGCAGCAGGACCCCACCAUUACUGCUCCGACCCUGUCCUCCAUGUUCAGGGGACUUGGUUUUGAGACUUCCCCCAGGCCUCCUUUGGGUCGAGGAAUUAUGGGCAACAUGAACACCAAAGCGGUCUUAACAGCACAAGGUACACAUGUACAGUUGGGAGCAGGUCCAUCUGGAGACAGCAAGGUGGAGAGGGGACUUUUGGGCCGUGGCAUAGUUCCUUCUCGUAAAGAAGGUGAAAUGGCUUUCCCGGGACUUGGAAGAGCAGUUAUGGGCCGUGGCAAAAUCCGGGCAGAUAUUUCUUCCUCUGUGUCAGAAGUUGUGCAGUCAGCAGCAUUGGAACAGCCCAAUCCAGAAAUUCCUUCAGCAGUUUUCAAUGAGCAUUUGGAGAAAAGGGAACCCUUACUGAAGCAAGGCACAAAAGGAAUAACAGUUCCAUUGGCACUGAACGUAAUUAAAAUCCACUGUCAAAAUGAUGCUGUGUAUCAAUAUCAUGUGACAUUCAGCCCUAAUGUGGAAUGCAAGAAUAUGCGGUUUGGGAUGAUGAAGGAACAUAAGUCUGUAACAGGAGACGUUACUGCAUUUGAUGGUUCUAUUCUCUACUUACCUGUUAAGUUGCCUCAGGUAAAGCUUGAUAAAUGUCAAAGAAGGACAGAUGGAGUGGAGGUUACUGUAAGAUCAGAUGACAAAAUCCUAGAACCUAGCUCAGACUUGUGCAUUCCAUUUUAUAACGUUGUUUUAAGAAGGGUUAUGAGAAUUUUAGAUAUGAAGCUGGUUGGAAGGAAUUUCUUUGACCCAACAAGUGCAACUAUACUACAGCAGUAUAGGUUGCAAAUAUGGCCUGGCUACUCAACUGGUAUCCGGAGGACAGAUGGAGGGUUGUUUCUGUUGGCAGAUGUCGUUCACAAGGUUAUUAGGAAUGAUUCUGUCCUGGAUUUGAUGCAUGCAAUUUACCAACAGAGUCAAGAGAACUUCCAAGAUGAGUGUACAAAGCAACUAAUUGGCAACAUUAUAAUAACCCGCUACAACAAUAACACUUACCGUAUCGAUGAUAUUGACUGGAACAAGACACCAAAGGACAGCUUUACCAUGUCUGAUGGGAAAGAGAUCACCUUCUUAGAAUAUUACAGUAAAAACUAUGGGAUUACGAUCAGGGAGGUUGACCAGCCACUGCUAAUUCACAGACCCAAUGAAAGAAAAAAUCCUCCCGGGAAGUUGCAAAGGGGUGAAAUCCUACUGCUUCCAGAACUCUCAUUCUUGACUGGAAUUCCCGAGAAGAUGAAAAAAGACUUCAGAGUCAUGAAGGAGCUUGCGCAGCAAAUCAGCCUGAGCCCUAAGCAACACCAUAUAUCUCUGAGACAGCUUCUGAGCAGAAUUAAGAAGACGGAGGCUGCUCAUAAUGAGUUAUCACGGUGGGGACUUCGUUUGGACAGUGAUGUUUGUAAGGCGAAAGGGCGUAUUCUUCCCAUGGAAAGAAUUAACCUGAAGAAGAAUUCUUUCAGUGUUUCAGAGGACCUAAACUGGACCAAAGAAGUCACAAGGGAAGCAUGCAUUUCUGCUAUUCCAGUCCAUUACUGGGCCCUGAUUUAUCCAAAGCGGACCAUGGAGCAAGCCCGUGAACUGGUCAACACGCUGCAGAAGAUCUCAGGCCCUCUUGAAAUCCCAUUAAACCCACCUGCUUGGGCAGAAUUGAAGGAUGAAAGGACAGAGACUUAUGUCAGGGCCAUCAAAUCAUUAGUAAAUAGUGAGAGCACCAUACAGUUGAUAGUCUGUAUUAUCACUGGGACCAGAGAUGACUUAUAUGGAGCAAUUAAAAAACUUUGCUGUGUCCAAUCUCCAAUCCCUUCUCAGGUUAUUAAUGCGCGAACCAUUGCAACUCAGCCUAACAAACUUAGAAGCAUAGCACAAAAAAUUUUGCUACAGAUUAACUGCAAGCUGGGUGGAGAACUCUGGGGGGUGGAUAUCCCUUUGAAACAGUUGAUGAUGAUCGGCAUGGAUGUGUAUCAUGACCCUGGCAGGGGAAAGCGAUCAGUUGUUGGGUUUGUAGCAAGUAUCAAUCACACUUUGACAAGAUGGUACUCUAGGGUUGUAUUCCAGAUGCCUCACCAAGAAAUUGUCGACAGCCUGAAGGUCUGCAUGGUGGGGGCCUUACAGAAGUUCCAUGAGGUCAACCACUGCCUCCCUGAGAAGAUAGUGGUUUACAGAGAUGGAGUAUCGGAUGGCCAGCUAAAAAUGGUAGAGAGCUAUGAGAUCCCACAACUACAGAAAUGCUUUGAAGCUUUUGAGAAUUAUAAUCCUAAAAUGGUGGUGUUUGUAGUCCAAAAGAAAAUCAGUACAAACAUCUAUUCAGCAGCCACUGAUCACUUCACAACUCCUUCUCCUGGGACAGUGGUAGAUCAUGUAAUCACCAGCCGAGACUGGGUGGAUUUUUACUUGAUAGCUCACUCUGCACGGCAAGGCUGUGGCAUCCCUACUCACUACGUCUGUGUAAUUAAUACUGCGAAUCUCAGUCCUGAUCACAUGCAGAGGUUGACUUUCAAGCUCUGCCACAUGUACUGGAACUGGCCAGGAACUAUUCGGGUUCCAGCCCCUUGUAAGUAUGCUCACAAGUUGGCCUUUCUCUCAGGACAAGUUCUACACCACGAACCAGCAAUUGAGCUGUGUGAUAAGCUCUUCUUCUUAUAACUUUGGUAGCCAACAUGACUUCAAGGCAGCGGUGAAUGCAGUCUCCCUAGGCAGAGAUAGGCUGUGUUCCCCCCUGCAAAUCCCAUUGUAGAAAUAUAAACAUCCCUGUAUGUACACCCACAUAAUGCUUUGUGUUGAUUUUGUUCUGCAGUAAUAAGGUAAAAAGGUACAUUGGCAGAGAAAAAGCCAUUAGUAGUAGUGAGCACUGGGCACUGGUAUGACCAACAAUGUUAGUUUCAUUUACUUUCUUCGCUGCUGGCUGAGCAUUUUGUUUAUGGAGGUUUAAAGUUGGUGAAUUCAUUUAGGGUGAAGAGAAAAUGGUGUUCCAUUUUCCAAAGGGUCUGCAGCCUGCCCUGCAAAUCAACUGCAACAGCAAACUGGCAUGACCACACUUGGAAUACUGUGUAUAACUCCUCUGGCAGUAUUUCAAAAACAAUGGUGGAGAAUGUGCCCAAAAUAAGCCACUUCCCUAUGACAAAAAGGUUACAAAGUUUAAAACAAUUAGAUUUAAAUAAUUAAUUGUAAAACUUUCCAUGCAGGCCUGUCAGAUGUUGUUACAUGCUCCCAGCUCCCCCAAACUGAGAGGGUCCUGGAGCAAUGUUGUUCCAGUUUCUUUUGGAUGAGAUCACGCUGGAGACUUUGUAAUAUCAGUUUUAUUUACUAAUACACAUGUUCAGCAUAAUAGAGGUGGACAAGAAGCAUUCUCCAAAGAAGCAUUUCCAUGUCUAUCCCAUAUCACAUCUGCAGAAGCCCGUAUCCCCAAUGAGCCUUAGUCCAACACAGAACUUUUUGCCAUUUCUUCCCAAAAGUCAGAAGUAAACCAUCACCUUUACAUUACAUCUAUAUCUAUCCCCCCUCCAUCAGUUGGGAGUGUCAUUUUCUUCAAAUUCUUCUAGCUAUAUACUGCUAAAAUGCUGCAAAGAUUUACAUCACCUGUUUCCUAUAUUUUGAUAAACCAAGUCAAAGUCCAGACAAAUUUAUGGCAGGAUUGGGAAAUAAAACUGGAUAACAUACUAUCAGUAGCACAUUAGGAGGUACAUGUUGGCAGGCAGGGUAAAUUAUUUACCAAUCUGUUAAAGUUAACUCUUGGUGUGUUCUAGAUAUCAGUUAUCAAAGCAACGGGAGACCUAAAUCCUUGGUCAGGUUAGGCUAUAAUGCGGACUUAAUUUCUUACUUUGGAAAGCAGAGCACUCCUUUUUGCCAGUGCAAAAAACCUGCUGCUUUUCAGGCAACACUUAAACCACUGCACAAAAUUCACCAGAUGGACUUUUACAGUAAUAUAUAGUUUCUAUUCUGGGCAGCAGUCCUUCUGUAGUAAAAUAUUUUAAGUGAUGCACCAUAUAAAACAAAAAUAGAUGAAUCUGUCUGUGCCCCUCAAACACUCAUACCUCCCAACACUCAGCUAGUCUCAAAGAUACUACAAGAUCGGUUUGGUCCUUUAAGAGAUGAAACCCUCCCACCACUUAAAAAUAAAUUCCAGCUUUACAAGUAGUUUGGUAGUAUGCAGCUCUCAGGGCUGUGCUUGACAUUUCUUUCUGAAAUCUUUUCCAAAUCACUUUAACCUCAUUCACAUCCUUGUGAUUUUCUGUAGGAUCAUUGGGAUAGUACAAGGGUGAUAGUGAGGGAAAAGUGGGGCAAUGAGGAGGAAAGAGGGCGGCGGAGGGGGCCCUUCAGUCAAAGUAUUGGUGUGCAAGAAAGACAGGGGGAACCAGGAGCCUUUAGGACCAUGGUGGGGAUGGGGGUUGCAUGAAUCAUCUUUUCAGGAUCCUCAAAAAAACCACCCCACAGCCUUGCUGAUCAUUUUGUGUGGUUCUAUCUCCCACCCUUUGCCUCCUGCCCACGUGAGCUCACUCCCUCACCGGUGUCUUUCACUAGUAGUGGCAAUUGGGAAACCCCUGUGAGGCUUGGGCACGGGGCACUGCUUAUAUGGCUCAGAGGAGCACCAUUUUGGGGCAGACUGGAGCAAAAAGUUAGAGCACACGUCGGCAGGGGAGAAGUGGUAGCAAAAAGGAGCUUUCAAAUUUGGGAUCCUGCUUAAACUUUGUGAGCUUUGCUGGGAUUUGGCUGACAGGUUGCAGUUGCAAUGCUGCUCCUGCUUUCUUUCAUCAGACAGGCUGAGAGAAGAGGUAGCGGAAGAAAUGGUUUUUUGGUGGGAGAGUGGACACUUGAAGCUGUGUGGGGAAGACAUGUCCCUUGCUCUCAGCAUUCUAAAGAGUAGUGUUUCUGGGGAAGGAGUAUCUGUGCUCCGUUAUUGGAAAGAGUCCUUAGUCUCAGAGUGGCUCCUAUAGUUAAAAUCUCUCCCUUUCCCAGUCCACACCAGUCUCCAUUCCAGAGCAUGUGGCCUCUGUAAACCAUCUACAUACACACUAGCUGAAACUUUCUCUGCCCUGAUGAAGGAUUAAGAGUCCCUCCUUUUGGGGUGAAGCUUCUCCCUUACACCUGGUCAGCUUGGGAGCAGCAACUGAGCUGCUGUCUGAGCAGCAACCAAGAGGCCUCUUGUCUUCAUUGGCCUUUGCUGCAAGGCUGGCAUGGGUGAGAGAGAGGCUUCUCGGUUGCUGCUUGGUUGCUUCUCCCAAGCUGACCGGGUUCAAAGGGAGCAGUGACUGAGACUGGUUGUUUUACAUUUGUAGUUGAACAUUAGCCCUAAUACCAAAAAAUAUGCUCAGAGGAGGGGCGCUAUGGUUGUCGCCCAAGAGGAAAGGGGGCAAUAGCCGGAAAAAGUUUGGGGACUGUUGCGCUAGACAUUUUUAGCACCACAGUGCCACCUGCUGUAACAAGUGAAUUCACCAGUUGCUGAAAAUGCCAGCUAGCCAAUGUAGAUAUUUUUAUAUAUAUAUAUAUAUAUAUAUUUAAGUAUUUAGGAUGGUUCAGGUCCUUACUGUAGAUUGCUGCAGUUAUGCUGGUCUUACCAGAAGGAAUGUCGACCUUCACUGUCUUUUACAACACAAAUACAAUGAGAACUGUUACUUGGGGCAGAUAACCAUACAGUAAACACAUGGGCUCUGUGUGGUCAGAACCUACUCUAUUCUGAUAUUUUAAUAGGGAUUAACAACUGGAUUUAAACUAUAUAAACCUUUAAACAAUCCUAAUUAAGUGUGAGAAUGUUAGAGAUUUGGCUUGGUGACAGGUAGCUUCUAAUCAAAUUAAAAUGUAAAAUAUUACUGUUAAUCUGAAGAGAGACAGCAACUAAACAUACUGCUGCCUGGGAAUGUUCAGGUUUCACAAAAACCAACAAAUUGCCAGCAAUUAGAUAUUAUGGUAAAGCAGUGUUACUGUUUGCUGUUCAUUGCAGAAUGUGAAAUGUCUCCUGUACUUGUUUCUAAAUAAAUGUAUUUAGGACUAAGCUCUUGCAGAGUCCUCAUUUGUGAUGGUGAUGGUGGUGGUUGUCAAAGGCUGGCACAUGCCCUCUACCAGCAGUUGGCAGAGGGAAAUCCUUAUCCCUUUUUGUCAGGCUCAGUUUCAUUACAGGUUUAAUGCCUGUAAGAGUUCAUUAAAAUAAUAAACUGAAAGAAUCACAAUAAGCGUCUUUAGUUUUACCUUAACAACACCUAAAUGUUUUCCUGAUGCAAAAGGUAGAGGCUUACUGAGAAAUUCUGAGCUUUCCCAACAAAAGAGCUUUUAGCCUCACAAAGGAUUGGAGACAAACUGGAUCUCAAAGACAGUAGCUUUUUGUCUUGCUAAUGGAAUGGAAUGUUUAUUUCCUGGACCUUAAGAACCCCCCAGUCCCCACAUGGCCAGAAGGAAAAGGGGCCUAUUUGCAUCAAUGCCCUUCCAUGCCCUUCCAUGCCAUCUGAACUGAGGACAACCACCACCACACCUUGACCAAAUGCAGGUCUGUGAGUAGCAUGGUCAAUGUUUCUUUUUUCUUUCUCCUGUAUGGUUUUUAACACCUUGCCUGAUGAUGAAGCCAGUGGAGCUUCGAAAGCUUGUAAGGUGUAUAAUGUGCAUUUUGGUUGGUCCAAUAAAGAUAUCUGUUAUGUAGAUUUUGGAUGAUAAUGCCCUCCAGU